AACAAUACAUGCUGUCUGUGGGGGGAAGUCAGCAAAGAAAGACACAUCCGCUCCUAUAGCGCAGUCAAAUAAUUGUUUCAUUUAUUAUUUUUAAUGCGAGGUUUGGUUGUACACCAGUUUUAACAGGUCAAAAAAAAUCACACGAUUUCAGACCAGGAGCGUGCACGUACCAAAGGAAACAGAGCGCGCGCAUCAUUAUCAUAUUCAAUCAAACUGCAGUCGUCAGACCCACGAAACAGAGCAGUCAGCGAAGAAUAUCCUGCUCAUGCGGCACUAACGAAUUACCAGCCGAAAGGAUAAAUAAAGCGAUACCAAAGCCUAGGGGCCUCAAAAGGAACUCAUGAGGGGCUGCAGUGGUUCAAGGAUCUUCAAAUCCAUACCCACACAUGUAGUCAGAGCUGGCCCUAGCCUUUUGGGGUCAACCUAAGCUUGGCUGAACACAUUACAUUUUUAAAAAUGUUUAUUUCUGAUAAAAGAUUCCAGUCUACGAUGGAGAUUGACAGUCUAAUGAAACAGGAGUUUGUCAGUGUUUGGGUCCAGGAGCCACAAUUCCACAAAGAUGACUUCUGGCACACGCACAUUGACUAUGAGAUCUAUUUACAUACCAAUAGCAUGUGUUUUAGGAAGAAGACUUCCUGUGUGCGGAGGCGAUACAGUGAGUUUGUUUGGCUCCGGCAGCGUCUGCAGGACAACACUAUGCUCAUAGAGUUGCCCAAACUGCCUCCCUGGAACCCUUUCUUCAGUCUGAAAAACCCCUACAAGGUCAACCAGAGGAUGAAUGGCCUGCGGCAGUUUCUAGAGAUUAUCGUCCAGGACCCCCUGCUGCUGUCUGACAGUAGAGUGCACCUGUUCCUCCAGUCCCAGCUGAGCAUGACCAAGAUGGAGGCAUGUGUCUUGGGCCAGACACGCUACACAGUGGCACAGGCCAUCCAGAUGUGUACCGACUGUCACCGCACACGCUUCCCCAUAGAGAAGGGCAGCAAGGUGUACUUCAACUCAGACUGCGAAAGCCUCACCAGCACCACGUCAAGCCAUGACUCGGGGGUCCCCCAGAGCCCCAGCCCUCUACCCUUUGACUGCAGCACCUGUGAAAAUUCUGACAGCAACAUUCGCAUCUGGGAUGAGGGAUUCUUCAGCGGUCUGUCAGAGUCGUCGUGUGACCAGGAACACACGGAGCCCUGACACACCACUUCCACACACACGCGCACAAAGGGGCUGUUUCCCAGACAAAGAUUAAGCCUAGUCCUGCAUGCUAAAUGGAGAUUCUGCUUUAAGUUCUUUUUAGUCCAGGGUUAGGCUUAAUCUUUGUCUGGGAAACCACUCAAAAGACUGUUUGCUACUGUUCUUGAUGCGCUUCUCAAACCUCUGAUUAACUGGUGGCGUAGAAAGGUAUAUUUAUGUGGUUCUGUUGGAAUUCUCUCUGCGUCCCCAUCCGUCUUUUUAAAAUUACUGAGCUAUGUUUUCUUAAAGGAUGUUUUAUUAUAUUGACCUACCCUCUAUUGCGGCCCGACUGGUGUUGCUAGUGAAUGUCCAAAACCGAACGUUGUCUUAAUGCAGUAUCUCAUUCUUGAAGUCUAACUUGUGCCUUACAUUUUGUUCCUUUUAUGGGAAUCAGUUUACCUGCAAUCAUACUGGGAAAGAUUCUUAAAUUAUACUUAAAAAAUAAUAUUUGCACGAUUUAACUGCUCUAAGGUUAGCAAGGGAGGCUGAGUGUUGUAUAGGCUCACUUAAAAAAAAAAAAAAAAAAGAUUUGUUAAAUCUUAAGUAUUCCAAGUAUCAAAUGUUUUAUUUUUAAGAACUAACUUGAUGGUUUAUUGACUUAGUGGUAGGUGCCCUUUGAAAUCCUGGAAUGUCCAAGUAAUUUUUGUUGAAAUGUGCUUUGGUUUCUUGUUAAGGUUAUCCCUGGGCUUUCCUUCAGCAUUAACUUCAGUAGGCUUAGAAGAGGCUGGUGGGAAGUGCUGUAGGACAGACUUAUUUUAAUGGCUGCAAUGGUAUCAAACACAUGGAAACCACAUUUGACUCGAUUCCAGCCAUGACAAUGAGCCUGUCCUCUUAUAGCUCCUCCCACCAUUCUCUGGCCUAGAUGUCUUCUGUUAUGAGUGAUCUAUACUGAACAAAAAUAUAAACGCCUGUAAAGUGUUGGUCCUAUGAGCUGAAAUAAAAGAUCCCAGAAAUGUUCAAUAUGCA